AAAUUCUUUAUCGCUGCCUUAGCCUUUGUCACAGUGUGCAUCCUAGCUUCAGCAUCUCCCGUUGAUAAUCGAGGACAAUACUACCAUGGCCAGUACUAUAAUGGUCGCUAUUACAAGAAUCGUGAAUUUUACAAUCAACGUCGUUACUAUGACAAUUUGUUGAAACCAUACAGAGCCGACGUCGUUGCCAAGGAAUCUCGUAUUGUUGAACAGAAAAUCGAACCCGCCAACGAUGGAAAUUUCGCCUAUCGAUUUGAUACCGAAAAUGGUAUUCAUGCGGACGCUCGUGGUACGAGCAUAAAAACUGGUGCCGAGGAGCCAAUCCAGAAAAUUAAAGGUUCUUUUGCAUACAUUACUCCCGAAGGUCUUCGUGUGGGUGUUCGUUACGUUGCAGAUGAAGCUGGUUAUCGUCCUGUCUAUACUUUUGAUGGUUUUGAAGCUGUACAACAUGCCAACUCUCAGCCAGCUGCUAAUGUUGAGAUUACUAAAAUUCAUUAA